AUGUCGGGCAGCCACCUCUCCAAGGACUUUUUCGAGCUCGUCAAGAGCAUCGGCGAGAGCAAGUCCAAGCAGGAGGAAGAUCGCAUCAUCGUGCAGGAGGUCGCGCAGCUCAAGCGCAAGAUGUCGGAGCUCAGCGUGGCCUCCAACUCGAACCAGCUCCAGGCCAACAAGAAGAAGCAGAAGGAGUUCCUCAUCCGCCUCAUGUACGUCGAGAUGCUCGGCCACGACGCCAGCUUUGGCUACAUCAAGGCGGUCGAGAUGACGGCCGCGACCAACUUGAUCCAGAAGCGGGUUGGGUACCUCACGUGCUCGCUGACGCUGUCGCCGGCCCACGAGUUUCGCUUUAUGAUCAUCAACCAGCUCCAGCGCGACUUGCAGUCGCCCAACCACCUCGAGGUCUGCUCGGCGCUCAUGGCUGUGUGCAAGCUCGUGACGGUCGAAAUGAUUCCUGCCGUCCAGCCCAUGAUCAUGGAGGCGCUGCGCCACGAGAUUGAACUUGUCCGGAAGAAGGCGGUCAUGGCGCUCCACCGCUUCCACCAGCUCAACCCGGACAGCGUCGCCGACAUGGGCGACACGCUCCGACGGACGCUCUGCGACCGUGACCCGAGCGUCAUGGGUGCGGCGCUCUGCCUCCUCCACGACGUGGCCGACCUCGUGCCGUCGUACGUGAGCAUUCUCAAGCAGAUCACGGAGCACCGCCUCCCGCGCGAGUUUGACUACCACCGCAUUCCCGCGCCGUGGAUCCAGAUCCGCCUCCUCAAGAUCCUCGCCCUCCUCGGGCAGGCCGACCAAACGACGAGCGAGGGCAUGUACGAAGUGCUCCACGACGUCAUGCGCCGCGCCGACACGGGCAUCAACGUCGGGUACGCGAUCAUCUACGAGUGCGUGCGCACGGUCACGACCAUCUACCCGAACUCGACGCUUCUGGAUGCGGCCGCGGCCAGCAUCUCGCGCUUCAUCUCGAGCGACAACCACAACCUCAAGUACCUCGGCGUCACGGGCCUCGCCGCGAUCGUCAAGGACCACCCGCGGUAUGCGGCCGCCCACCAGAUGGCCGUCAUCGACUGCUUGGAAGACCCGGACGAGACGCUGAAGCGCAAGACGCUCGACUUGCUGUACCGCAUGACCAACCCCGUCAACGUGGAAUUCAUUGUCGCCAAGCUCACGAGUUUUCUGCGCGAAGCCACGGACGUCUUUCUCCGCACGGAGCUCGUGUCUCGGAUCACGCAGUGCGCAGAGCGCUACGCGCCCAACAAUGCGUGGUACAUCCAGACCAUGACCGACGUCUUUGAACUCGGGGGCGAGCUCGUCAAGGUCGAGGUCGCGCACAACCUCAUGCGCCUCAUCGCCGAAGGCAGCGGCGACGACGAGGAGCAAGACAUGGAGCUGCGCCGUGACGCCGUCGACACGUACUUGGAGCUCCUCGAACGGCCUGUGCUGCCCGACAUUCUCGUGUGCACGAUGGCGUGGGUCCUCGGCGAGUACGGGUACCUCUCGGAGGCGAUGGAGCUCGACGAGAUUGCCGAGCGCCUCUGCGAGCUCGUGGACCGGCCGUUCGAGAACGAAGACAUGACGCGCGGCUACAUUGUGACGGCCGUGACCAAGCUCACGGCGCAGCUCCACGGCCGCGAGAUUGAUGCGGCGCGCGCCAUGAUGGAGAAGUACAAGACCAGUCGCAGCAUCGAUUUGCAGCAGCGCUGCCUCGAGUACCUCGCCAUGCACGCGCACCCGGCGCUCAUGGCGACGACGUACCCCGUCGAUGCGUCGUGCGAAGACCUCGACGUCGACAGCACGCUAAGCUUUCUCCAAGCCUUUGUGGACCAAGCGCUCUCGCAAGGCGCGCCGCGCUACGACCCGCCCCACGACGACGAAGAGGAAGCGUAUGGUCGCCACCACGAGUCGCGGCUCAACUUUACGGCGUACGAAAAGCCGGAUUUGCCGUAUGCGGGCCACAAGCUGCCGCCCAACGACCCGUCGGCGAUGCUCGGCGGGUACGGGGGCGCGGCCGCGCAAGCGCCGUGGGGAGGCACUCCGAACGCGACCGACGCGGGCGGCUUUAACGCGCGCAAGCCGUCGGUCAAGAACGUGUGGGGUCCGUCGGGCAUGAACGCGCCGGCCGCGCCCGAGCCGACACCCGCACCGUAUGGCGGCCAGCCCAACAACCCGUACUACAACAACAACAACCCGGGCCAGUACCAAGGUCAGUAUGGGCAGUCGCCGGCGCCGGCGUACUCGCCCGACCACAGCACGCACUACAACGAGAGCGACGAGGACCAGGAGCCGGACGAGCCGGUCAUUGACAAGCGCGCCGAAAUGGCCAACGCACUCUUUGGCGGCCUUCCGGGCGCGGGCGUCCCUCUUCCGGCGGCCAAGCGUACGAGCACCGCCCGUGGCACGCUCUCGCGCAAGAGCACGGUGAAAGGCGCGUCGGCGGUCUCGGCGGCACCGAAGCGGAGAUCGACCAAGCCCGAGACGACGCCGGUGCAACCGCAGCAGCCAUACCAAGCGGCGCCAGCGCCUGUGCACAUGGAUCUUCUCGACAUGUCGUUUGAUGCACCGGUUGCACCGUCGUACGCGCCGCAAAACAGUGCGCCCAUGCUCGACCCGUUUGCGAGCGCUCCGGCACCGGUCGCGGACCCGUUUCAGAUGGGUGGCCUCGGCAGCAGCCUUCCGGCGCCCGUGUUUCAGUACAAUGGGCGCCCGCUCGAGCCGUGGCAGAUCACGACGCCCGAGUUUGGCGGUCGCUGGGGCUCGUGCCCGGCCGAGAUCAAGACUAAGGUGAGCCCGAGCUCGAUCGUGACGCUCGACGACUUUUGCGCGCGCCUCCGCCAGUUUGACAUCAACGCUGUCGAGUCGAUUGCCCAGACGAACGAGGUCAUUGCGGCCGGCCGCCUUUUGAGCUCGGAUGUGGUGUGUCUGAUCCACUGCAAGGUGCGCUCGGGCGGGUUGGACCUCACGGUGCGAACGCCCGACAUGGCUUUUACAAACGCGCUCAGCGGCUUCCUGGGCCACGUCCUGCAGUAG